CUCACCGACCUUGACAACGAUAACUCCACCGCAGCAUCGAUAAUUUUGCUAAUUUCCUGUCGGAGAUUUUCUUUAUGGGACGCGACUUGUUUUUGAGCGGGCGUUGACCGCUUCCAACAUACCGAGUAAGACAUGCCCUGCAGCGCAACUUUUUCCAGCCCCGUCGGAGCGUAGCGAGUACUUGGAGUUGAAAGGACAAGUGAAAUGGCAGAUCCAAGAACCGCCGUUUGUCACUUGCGAGAUACCCGAGACAGUAUGAAUCUGGGUUGGAAUACACAAUCUGGAUGAAACAACGUCCUUUCACAACAUCUCCUCGGCCACGUUGUCGCGGACUGGUCAUUGGUCCAUAAAUCUACUCCACGACGGCCAUCAAAGACCUAUCCGUAUCGUUGAAAUCGUAUAUUUUCCUGGCCAAGAGUAACUGCCAACGUCAGCUCGGUCGGUCGACCUCUAUUCCCAACACUAACGCAACCAGAAUGGAUCCGUUCCGUUACCGCAAAGCUUAUGCGGCGAUGCUGCAGGCGACACAGCUCAUAGAAAAGCGGCUUCAACAAGGCACUGAACUGGAAGAUGAGCACCCUAAGCAACUUGAUGUAGGAAGCGCUGCAUUCCAAGACCAAGACCCAGAUAGCAUGGAUUGGACUCCCACCGGGAGCAGGACGCCAACUGCAGCUGCGGAGUGUGGACCUCCACCAUCAUUGUCUGAAAAGCUGCGGCCGCUUCUGCCCGCUGGUGGAGAUGGUGAUAUCCAAGCUCUAGAUCGAAGGGAAAACGCGCUGCUUCUGCGCAAGCUGAAGGAGGGUAAGCUGGUAGAUGCAUGUAUCGAUAAGCUUGUCCAAGACUUGCCCGACGCACUCAGCUACAACAACUCUGCGUCUUUCACUCCUUCUACGAUAGAAGUCCCUAAAGAUUUUGGGUUGCAGCUAUCGAUCUCGAUCAAUCAUCAUAUGGCACAGAUAGCAGACCGGAAAGCGCUUGAGAAGUACCGACGGCUGCUGGGUCAUCGCAAAGAUACGGCGAAGCGAAAACCUGUCAAGCUCGGGUUCGACCCGGUCGAGCUGAUCAAAAAGCAAGCCGUCUCCCUUCCUGAGAAUGUCGUGUCUCCGACAUGCUCGCUGAUCAACGACAUUCAUCCAAUUCUUCGUCCUGAGAACUGGCAUGGCUGCCCAGAUAAUAUCUACGAGGUGCUAAAGCCGGGUAUGCAGCUUGCGACUUUGUUCCUGACAUCUCGCGCUACUGCACACUACUGGCAUACGCUCUGCUUCGGCGAGCGGAAACAGUGUGCCACAACCUCAGAAGCAUACGGCCAGCCGUGUCGUCGCAUUCGAGAAGACGUUUCUUGGUCAGAAGAGCGACAUGUUGCCUUCAACAACUUUUUGAGCAAUCAGUUGGAUACGAUCUACUUCUGCUUCCACAACAACCCGCUUCCACCAGAGACUGUGUACGCUUCCAUGGGCCUGGUGAGAGAUUACAAGAACGGCCUGAUACGCAAGAUGAACGACAAGUGCCAUACUUCUCGCAUCUGCCUGCACUCGGACUUUUACACUACCGCGAAGAAAUUGAGUCUUUUGCGCUACAGAGAGCCAGCCAUGGUCUUGCGGUUCAACUUGUUCCUCGCGAUCUGCCUCGCCCAUGAGAUCGCACACUUCUGCGAGGUGUCAGGCCCUCAUCACGAUCAUGAACUACUUUCGGAACCCGAAGUCUUCUGGGGCGACAACAUGUGGACUGAGAGCGGCAUUGCAUUCGAGACCAAGGUGUUUGGCGGUCGUAUACACCCGCUUUCGAGUCGCAUCGACUGCAGUCUUGGAUUGGCAUGCCUCGACUACCCGCUCAAAGAGCUCUACGAUAAGGAUGACAAUGUUCUCUACGCUCUUCCAAUGGACUACGUCCUCAAGCUGCAACAGAGCGAGACAUGGCAACAAGACUUCAGCAAAGCCGGGACCGACGUGUUCUUUGUCCCAAGAAACGGUAGCAAGUCGGUAGAGAUCAACGGCGCUAACCUGAUGAUUUGGGAGGACGAGAACGAUGCCGACAUCUCAGACCACAUCGACGGAAAAGAGACGGAAUGGAAACGCAUGGAUGAUGGAUCUAUUGCCAGGAACCCAAGCUCGAACAACCGCAGGCCUCAGCGGCCCCCUAUUUUUCAACGAUGGAGUCCGUAUGGCCACAAGAGGAAGAACACUGCCGACGACGUGGCCUGCGUAUCGACAGAAGUGGUGGAAAACAAGGGGGAUGCGGGACCAGGGGCGACAGAGCCGGAGCUGAAAGCCCAGAACAAAGAUAGUGAGGACCCAAAGAGAGCCUCAGACCAGGUUAUGGCUUGAUGUAGACAUAGGGAAGGACCACGCCGAGGAUAGUCUAUCAGACAGCUACUUGUUGCUUGUGCAUAAGCAUCCGCGUUCGGAUACUUUGGCAUUUUUUGGUCUGCAUAGCGAUCGCAUUACUACCAGCGUCACUACUAGCAUAGCGAAUACUGUAUUGAAGCUCAGGUG